AUGUAUUUAUAUUAUCAGUUACUACCGUCGUCAACUGAAUUAUAUCCAGAAUUGGAUAUGCUUUCUUCUGUUAAACCCACGAACCUGCCGUUAAUCAUUCCGUCUCGCGAUGUUAUCGAUCCACCCGAUUUUUCGGGUGACGAUAUUAGUGAUAAAAAUCCUAAACCUCGAAAAAAAAAGGGUACUGCUAAAAGACGUGAACAGCCACGAACACCCCCAAAAUUAAAAUCUGAGUUAGCCAAUCGAUAG